AUGAAGAGGACUAUAGAGAAGGGAUAUACCGUGCCAGUCCCAGGGGAACAGUUACACUGCAACUUUCAUCCGCAUUGGUACCUGCCUCAACAUGCAGUACUGAACCCAAAAAAGCCGGAAAAGCUGCGUACAGUUUUGGACUAUGCGGCCAAACACAUGGGGCAAUCGUUGAAUGAUAUGCCCUUUCAAGGUCCAGACACCACCGCGAAUUUAGUGGGUAUACUUUUGCGAUUCCGUAAGCAACGUGUAGCCGUUACAGCUGACAUAGAAGAAAUGUUUAUGUAA